GUUGAGGUUGAUGAGGUGUUUUUUUGAGGUUUGGUUUUUGGUUUGUUUUGGUUUGAUUUUUGGAUUUUGGAUUCGUUUAUAAUUAUUAAAAUGUUAGAACUUGAAGAUGAUCGUCGUAAAUUGGCUAAUGCUACAAAUAGUUUAGCACGUUUAAAAUCAUUACUUACAUCAUCAUCGGAUAAUUGUGUAAAAAUGGUUGAAACAUUGACAAAAUUUGAUGAUCGAUUAUUGAAGCUUGAAGAAACAGUGCAACCAGUGUAUAAAGAAACUGGUAAUCUUCAACGUCAACAAGAGAAUAUAAAUUUUUCAUUAAAACGAUUAGAUUAUGUUAUAAAAUUUUAUACGGUUGCCGGUGAAGUUGAACCAAAUAUUAUCAAUGGUCCUGGAUCAUCAUCAAUGUAUGCUGAUUAUAUUGCUGAUCUUAAUCGUCUAACCGAAGCAGUUCGUUAUUUUGAACAUAAUAAUCGUGAAAGUCCAGAACUAAUGAAUUGUGGUAGUUUAUUGGAAAAAGGUGGACAAAUUAUUGAAAAAGAAUUUCGUCAAAAUAUGUCCCGUCAUAGUGAAGAGAUUAAAAAAGUUGAUAUUAUUCUUGAUAUGAUCAAAGCAAAUGGUCCAGUUAUUCAAAAACAACAACAAUCAUUUAAUAAAUCGAUUGAUAAUAAUAAUGAUGAUCAAGAAUCGGAAAAGCUACCGUCAACGACACAAGAACCUGACCUAUAUAAGGUAUUUAAAUUAGCCGAUCGUCGUAAUGGUAAUCCUGAAAAAAUUCUACAUGAUUUAAAAUUAUUAGCCGAAUGGCUUUGCCAUAAUCGUAAUCAGGAUUUUGUACAACUUUAUUCACGUUUACGAUCUGAUGUUUUAUCAAAAUCAUUGAAUAAUCUUCGAUCAUAUUUGAAAUCAUCAACACUUGGUUCAAUGAUUAAUAUGCUUGGUGCACAUCUAUCACCAUUAUUGGGUGGACGUAAAAAUCUUCAUCUAAUGAAACGUAUCGAUAUUUCUACAGCAACAUUAUCAUCAUACGAUAGUAAAGAUUUACUUGAUCUUAAUAUAACGGAACCGGAAAUUUUUGCCUAUGUAUUAACUGUAACUGGUUUAUUGAAAUUAAUGCAAUUAGAAUUAGCAUUAAUUGAACGUAUAAUUCCGGUUGAUAAUCAAAAGAUAAUAUUUUCUCGAGUAAUUUUAUUAUCAUUAGAAUCGGCCUAUCAUGAAGGUGAACAAUUAUCAACACGUGUAAAACGAUCGGUACAGAAACAGGAUUUUAGUUCAGCACUUUUUCUAUUACCCGUUUUACGUUAUCAUGCAUAUAUGCGUCAUUCAUUUGAUUUAUUAUUGGAUGGUUGUGAUUCACAAGUAUCACAUCGAUUACAUUCACUUGUUGUUACAUUACAGACAACCAUAUCAAAAACAUUGGAAGAAUUUAUUGAAUAUAUUAAAAGUGAUCAACAUCAUCAUCGUGUACCAAAAGAUGGUACCGUACAUGAAUUAACAAGUAAUGUAAUGUUAUUCUUGGUACAUUUACAAUCAUAUUUAGAUAUAUUAUCACGUGUUGUCACUGUAACCGAUAUUCAAUCAUUAGAAUUAUCGGGUGAUAAAAAUCGUAUUGCAUUUGCACAAUAUAUUUGGCGUGUAUUAUCAGCAAUGGGUCUUUCAUUACGUAAACGUUCUGAAUCCUAUCAUAAUGAACCAUCAUUACAAUCAUUAUUUUUAUUAAAUAAUACAUUCUAUAUAUUGAAAACAUUAACAACUAGUUCAUUAUUAUCAAUAGUAUCAUUAUAUCGUUCAAAUGUUCGUGAUGAUUAUCAAGCACAAAUUCAUGAAUUCAAAAUGGGUUAUUAUAAAUGUUGGAAUAAAGUUAUACAUUAUAUUGAUGAAAUUAAUAAUCCAACGUUAUUAUCACCACAACGAUCUGGUACAAUGUCAUCAUCAUCAUCAUAUUCAACAUUACCGAAUUCACAUUCAUCAUAUAGUUUAUCAGGUAUGUCAACUAUUGGUAGCCAUCAACAACAACCAAUGAUUCGUUUGAAAGAUAAAGAUCGACAAAUUAUCAAAGAUAAAUUUGCCGGUUUUAAUAAAGAAUUUGAAACUGUUAUACAAUCACAUCGAUCAUAUGCAAUACCGGAUCGUGAUUUACGUGAAGAGAUUAAAAAAGAAUUGAUUCAAUGGUUGAAUCGUAUCUAUUUUCAAUUCUAUGAACGUUAUGUAGCUGUAGAAUUCACAAAAAAUGUUCAUAAAUAUAUUAAAUAUACACCGGAUCAUGUCUCGCAAUCAAUUUGUUUGCUUUUUGAUGAAUUGGCUUGAUUAUUUUAUUUCAUUA